AUGGGGAAAGAAGAUGAGCUCGUUAAUGGCAGUGGAGUCGCCGGAAAACAAGAUAGAUCGCCGGCGUUAGAUUUCAAGCCAGUUAAUUACAAUAAUUUUAACCGAACCAAUCCCAUGUCUGACUUGUUCUCCGUCCGAAGGUUCCACCACGUCGAGUUCUGGUGCUCCGACGCCACCAACACCUCCCGCAGGUUCUCAUGGGCUCUCGGCAUGCCCAUUGUCGCCAAAUCCGAUAUAUCCACCGGAAACACAACCCAUGCAUCUUACCUCCUCCGUUCCAGUCAACUCCUCUUUCUCAUCACCGCCCCUUACUCCGCCACCAUCUCCACCGUCGACACCAAUACAGCCUCCAUACCAACCUUCUCCCAUGCUGCUUGCCGCGCCUUCAUCGCCGCCCACGGACUCGCCGUCCGCUCAGUCGCCAUUGAGGUCGACGACGCCGAGCUUGCCUACUCCAUCAGUGUCUACAAUGGCGCCAAAUCCUCCUCACCUCCGAUCACCUUGGGUGAACAGGAAAAUGCCGGCGUACUUGCCGAGGUCCAAGUUUACAACGAUGCCGUUUUACGAUACAUUAGUUUCACAAAACCUACCAUCGACAUCACAUCCACUUUCUUACCUGGAUUCGAACCAAUCGAAUCGAGUUCGUCGUUUCCCGGCCAAGACUACGGCCUCCGCCGCCUUGACCACGCCUUCGGCAACGUCCCAGAACUGGCUUCCGCCGUCAACUACAUCAAAUCAUUCACCGGAUUCCACAAAUUCGCCGAAUUCAGGGCCGAAGACGUCGGGACAAUCGAGAGCGGGUUGAAUUCGAUGGCCCUCGCCUGCAAUAACGAGACGGUUAUCCUCGGAUUCUGUGAGCCGAUAUACGGCACACGGCGGAGGAGUCAGAUACAGACGUACCUUGAGCACAACGAAGGGCCUGGAUUUCAGCAUUUGGCACUGGAGAGUGAAGAUAUAUUUUGGACUUUGAGAGAGAUGAAGCAACGGAGCGGGUUCGGUGGGUUAGAGUUCAUGCCGCCACCGCCGCCGACUUACUACCGGAAUUUGAAGAAGAGGAUCGGAGAUGCUCUGAGUGAUGAUCAGAUGAAGGCGUGUGAGGAGUUGGGGAUUUUGGUGGAUAGAACUGAUGAGGACACCUUGCUUCAAAUUUUCACCAAGCCCUUGGGCGACCGGCCAACCAUAUUUAUAGAGAUAAUUCAGAGGAAAGGGUGCAUGAUCGAGAACAAUAAGCAAAAGCCAGGAUGUGGAGGAUUCGGUGAAGGAAACAUUUCAGAGCUCUUCAAAUGCGUCGAGGAAUAUGAGAAGACAUUCAAAGAAUGA